AUGAAUUUAUAUAUUUUACUCAUUACAUUUAUCACAGUAACAUUAACAUCAUAUGGAUACAACGUUGGUAAUUGUAAUGGAAAAUCUAAUACAGGUACUUGUAUAUAUAUGACCUUUGCAGAAGAUGCUUUUCAAAAAAAGUUUCUUCCAUUAUUAGAUGGAAUGACUGCAAUACAAAUAGAUUUUGCUGCAUAUGAAUAUAAUAAUAAAACAGAUGAUGUACUUAGAAUAUUAAAUGAAAUUAUUGCUGAUGAAGUUAAUCAAACAACAAUGAAAGAGUUUACUAAACAAUUGCCUGAUGUUACUUAUAAAAAUCCAACAAACGUUACUUUAGUUGGAACUUUACCUGAUAUUACUGAUCAAAGUAGAGGUUUUUUAAUGACUUUAUUGAUAAAUUUUAAAGUUUUUGCAAUUGAAAAUAAUCAAAAAAAUGAUACAGAUAAAAGUAUUAUUAAUGAUACAUUACCAAUUCCAAUGAUUAAAAAAACAUUUCAAAGUGAAAAAAAAAUUGAAUAUCAAGGAUCAUCAAAAUUUAAAAUAGGAAUUUGUUUAAUUGGAAAAAAUUUUAGUUCAAUAAUGAUAAGAAUUUUUUGUAUUUUAAAUAAAAAUAAAAAAAUUAAACACUGUACAGAAAAUAAUCGAUAUUCAAGUAUAGAUGCCAUGGCAAGACAAUAUAAAUUAAAAGGGAUUGAUGAAUUUUUUGAAAAAUAUAAAAUGUUAAUGAUUGUUAGAAAUCCAAUUGAUCGGUUAAUAAGUGGUUUUAUGCAAUUAUGUUACUAUAGAAUUUACCUUAAACCAAAUGAUGAUUAUUGUUAUGGAUGUGAUAAAAAUUUAACUUGUUUUAUUGAUAAUCUUCAAGCUGAUUUAUGGAAUGUUGUUAAAAAUCAAAAAAUUCCUGAUCAAUUUUAUGAUUAUCAUUUUUAUCCUCAAACAUGGCAAUGUGAAUAUUAUAAAUAUAAAUAUAUGUAUAAAUAUAUUAAAUAUUCUCUACCAGAUAUGAAAACAUUUUAUGAUACAAUAAUUAUUCAUUUAGGAAGUGUACAUGUUCCUAAACAACAUUUAAAUUAUCUUAGAAAAAUCCUUCAAUCAACUAAAACACCCCAUAUUACAUCUACAAGAAAUGCAACGAUUGAUUAUAAGAAUAUUCUUUAUAAUAAUUCUACAUUAUUAAAAAGAGUAUGCCUAAUAUUUUAUUAUGAUUUUAUUGAAUUUGGUUUUAAAUUUCCUAAAAAUUGUCUUGAUAGAAAUAUUAAAACAUUAUAA